AUGAGGCGCUGUCCGUGCAGGGGGAGCCUGAGCGAGGCAGAGGCUGGGACUCUGCCCGAAGCGGCCCGCAUGGGGCUGGAGGCGCUGCGAGGGGGGCGACGACGGCAGCCAGGACUGCAGCGACCUGGGCCUGGCGCUGGGGGCCCGGCGGAGCGGCCGGAGGGGGGCGGGCCCCGGUCCUGGACCGAGGGGUCCCCCCUCGGGCCUGAGCCAGGGGCUGAAAGUCCACGGAGAGAACCCUGGAGAGAUGGACUGGCUGAGCCCGAAGCAGCUGGCCUAGCGGCAGAGACCGAGCGUCUCGGCCAAAAUACAGAGCCAGAGGGAUCCGGCUCCCAGACACAUCCAGAAAAGAGCAACCGCAAGUCAGAGCUGGAGACGGCCUGUGCCUGGAAGGAGACCGGGACAGAUGGCUUUUGGGCUGAUACACACGGACCUGAUCUCCAGUCUCAGGCAGAGAGGGCCAGCAUCUGGACACAGCCAGGGGUUGAUGAGCCCUGGACGGUGCUAGAAAUAGCUGGGUGGCAGACCCAGCCAGAGAAGGUGAAGCCUUGGGCUGAUAACCUCUGGACCCAUCAGAGUAGGUCCAGCCUCCAGUCUUACCCAGAGGGAACCUGUCCCUCCACAGAACCAACUGCUGAUGGCUCUUGGGAAGAAAUGUAUACUGAUGGCUACGGGAUGCCACAGGAUCCUGAAGGUUCCUGGACAGAGCCUCACACUGAUGGCUCCCAGAUACAACAGAAUACUGAAACAGCCUGGAAGCAGCCUAGCAGUGAUGGUUUCCCAGUACAACAAGAAACUCAUGAUAGCUCCUGGACACAGCCUGGGAUUGAUGGUCCCCAGACAGGACCUAGAGCAGACUGCCAUUUGGGGGAGUCCAAUCAAGAUGGUCCAUUGGAGGAAACUGAGCCUGGGGAGUUGGUGACUCACCUGCACUCUGGCUUGGAGUGCAGUUCCCUGUGCCCUGUGCCCCGCCUUAUCAUCACCCCUGAGACCCCUGAGCCUGAGGCCCAGCCUGUGGAACUGGCCUCUAGGAUUGAGGGGGGCAGUGGAGGAUUCUCCUCUGCCUCUUCUUUCGAUGAGUCUGAGGAUGACUUAGUGGCCGGAGGUGGAGGUACCAGCGAUCCUGAGGACAGGUCUGGGAGAAAACCAUGGAAGAAGCUGAAGACGGUUCUUAAGUAUUCGCCCUUUGUGGUCUCAUUCCGUAAACACUACCCUUGGGUCCAGCUUUCCGGACAUGCUGGGAACUUCCAGGCAGGGGCGAAUGGUCGGAUUCUGAAAUGUUUCUGUCAGUGUGAGCAGCGCAGCCUGGAACAGCUGAUGGGAGACCCUCUGCGGCCUUUCGUGCCAACCUACUAUGGCAUGGUGCAGCAGGACGGCCAGGCCUUCAACCAGAUGGAAGAUCUCCUGGCUGACUUUGAGGCCCCCUCCAUCAUGGACUGCAAGAUGGGCAUCAGGACCUACCUGGAGGAGGAGCUGGUGAAGGCACGUGAACGGCCCCGGCCCCGGAAGGACAUGUACGAGAAGAUGGUGGCUGUGGACCCCGGGGCCCCUACCCCCGAGGAGCAUGCCCAGGGUGCAGUUACCAAGCCCCGCUACAUGCAAUGGAGGGAAACCAUGAGCUCAACCUCCACUCUGGGCUUCCGGAUCGAGGGCAUCAAGAAAGCUGAUGGGACCUGCAACACCAACUUCAAGAAGACACAGGCACUGGAGCAGGUGACAAAGGUGCUGGAGGACUUCAUGGAUGGGGACCACAGAAUCCUGAGAAAGUACGUGACGCGCCUGGAAGAUCUUCGAGACACUCUGGAGAACUCGCCCUUCUUCGAGACCCACGAGGUGGUUGGCAGUUCCCUGCUCUUUGUGCACGACCACACUGGCCUGGCCAAGGUCUGGAUGAUCGACUUCGGCAAGACAGUGGCCCUGCCUGACCACCAGACACUCAGCCACAGGUUGCCCUGGGCUGAGGGCAACCAUGAGGAUGGCUACCUCUGGGGCCUGGACAACUUGAUCUGCCUUCUUCAGGGGCUGGCACAGAGUUGACCCACUCAGCCACUGCCAGGCUGUUACAGGAUGCUGCCAGUCUGGCUGGAGCAGCCCUGAGAUCUCAUGGGGGGCCAGAGGUGGGUGAUGGAAGAGGCUGCACUGGCACAGUGCACAUGGCCAGUGUGGAAGGUCCAAAGGGGCUUGGUACACCAGGCAGCUUCUGGUUCCUUCAUGAUCCAGGGAACAACCAGGUGGGGUUACAGUGAGCCAAUGGAACCAGGACAGGUCCCCUGACCAGCCAGGAAGGCUUUUGAAGCGCUGCCAGAGGCUGCAGGCAAACUCCGCGGCCCUGAAAACACAAGUCAAGGUCACCAUACCGGCCUGACUCUGCCCACGGCCACAUGAAUGACCCGAACUGCCGUCAGUCCCCCUUGGCUCCCAGCUGGUUCCAAGCUCAGAGCCUGGGCAGUCAGUCUCAGUGCUCCAGGUACUGGGCUUCAAUUGUGAGUACAUCCAGGAGCCAUCUGUCCACCUGGGAGUGACAGCGUAAUCACGGCUGGAGGCCAAGUGCUGAGUGGAGGGUGCAUCACAUGAGAUGCCUGAAGCUGCCCAGGGCCCAUGUCCCAAGGUGGGGCACAGCUCAUGGCCUCCUUCCUGCCCUGCCACGCCACAGCCUGGGGGGAUCCUCCCUUAGAAGACUGCUGACCUGGUGCAGACCCAAACUGCAUCCACAUCCAGCCUGGGUGUCAGCACUGUGACCAGUACAACCUCAUCCUUUGGUGCACCAGAUCCAACCUCAGGACUUCCUCCUUCUGUCCCUGAGCCCUGGGCCUUUCUGUCCCCUUCCUGCUAGUGGAUUGCUGCAGCAGAAGUUUCCCAAGCAGGGAAACUGAUUUCUUUGGAAAUCAGAGCUGCCUUGCUGGGGAUACCUCAACCCAUUUCAGAGAAGUGUCCUCCUCCAUGGAAAAGUGCCAGGUUGCACGUAACUGCUGGCUGUGACCUUGGGCUUGCCACCUGGUUUAAACCAGACUCCAGUACCCUGGGCCAUGGUAUAAGGAUGCUCAGUCCAGUGCUCUAGCACCCAGAACUUUGGCUUCCUGUCCCACAAGGGUGGGCGUGGGGAGGACAGGCAUCUACCUCUUCCCUAAGCUGAAGCUCUAACUUUGUCUUCCGGGGCUGAGGGAUGUCCUCCUUUUCUACUGACCAUCUUUAUACUUAUUUAUAAAUAUGUGAGGUAGUUGUUAGAUAGGGUGCUGGGGGAGCAUGAGGCAAAUGGCUUCACUGUGCCUUCUGCCCACAAAACCCUGAAUAAAGAGAACACUCAAA